GAAGGGGGCGGGAAUAAGCGGCGGGGCAGAAGGGCCGAGGAGUGUGUCGGGAGAUGUAGUUCCACGAGUCCCGACAGCAAAGCUGUCCCGGCUCCGCUAAUAGAUUGGGACUACUACUCCCAGGAGUCUGCGCGCCCGACCGGAGCGUCCAUGCGCAGUGGGAGCCACUUUGUAUCCUAUCAGGCGAGGAGAGGGUGAUGUCACCUGCGAGUUAGUAACCUACGAGCGGCUGUGAAGGAAACUGUUUAACCGGAUCCCAUUGUACCCAGAGUGCAGAGCCGCCUUUCCAGCAUGCAGGGGCUGCUCAGAGUUUAGUCACAUCAAGAAAUAGAACAGAAUUCAGCCAUGGCCCCAAGAAAGAGAGGUGGACGAGGUAUUUCAUUCAUCUUUUGCUGUUUCCGAAAUAAUGAUCACCCAGAAAUCACGUAUCGGCUGCGAAACGAUAGCAACUUUGCGCUUCAGACCAUGGAACCAGCAUUGCCCAUGCCCCCUGUGGAGGAGCUGGAUGUCAUGUUCAGUGAACUGGUGGAUGAACUGGACCUCACAGACAAACACAGAGAAGCCAUGUUUGCACUUCCAGCUGAGAAAAAAUGGCAAAUAUACUGUAGCAAGAAAAAGGACCAGGAAGAAAACAAGGGAGCUACAAGUUGGCCUGAAUUCUACAUUGAUCAGCUCAAUUCCAUGGCUGCUAGAAAAUCUCUGCUGGCUUUAGAGAAGGAAGAAGAAGAAGAAAGAAGUAAAACUAUAGAGAGUUUAAAGACAGCACUGAGGACAAAACCAAUGAGGUUUGUAACCAGAUUCAUCGACUUGGAUGGCCUAUCAUGUAUCCUCAACUUUCUAAAGACCAUGGACUACGAGACCUCAGAGUCUCGAAUACAUACUUCUCUCAUUGGCUGUAUAAAGGCGUUAAUGAACAACUCUCAAGGCCGGGCUCACGUCCUGGCUCAUUCUGAGAGUAUUAAUGUAAUUGCUCAGAGUCUGAGCACAGAGAACAUUAAAACGAAGGUGGCCGUGCUGGAAAUCUUGGGCGCCGUGUGCCUGGUUCCCGGGGGCCACAAGAAGGUUCUGCAGGCCAUGCUGCACUACCAGAAGUAUGCCAGCGAAAGGACCCGCUUUCAGACAUUAAUUAACGACUUGGAUAAAAGCACUGGGCGGUAUCGAGAUGAAGUGAGUCUCAAGACUGCCAUCAUGUCCUUCAUUAAUGCAGUGCUCAGCCAAGGUGCAGGAGUGGAGAGUUUGGACUUUAGACUUCAUCUUCGCUAUGAAUUUCUGAUGUUAGGAAUUCAACCUGUAAUAGAUAAAUUAAGGGAACACGAAAAUUCAACAUUAGAUAGGCAUUUAGACUUUUUUGAAAUGCUCCGAAAUGAAGAUGAACUAGAAUUUGCCAAAAGAUUUGAACUGGUUCACAUAGACACAAAAAGUGCAACUCAGAUGUUUGAGCUGACCAGGAAGAGGCUGACACAUAGUGAAGCUUACCCGCAUUUCAUGUCCAUCCUGCACCACUGCCUCCAAAUGCCUUACAAGAGGAGUGGCAACACUGUUCAGUACUGGCUACUACUAGAUAGAAUUAUACAGCAGAUAGUUAUCCAGAAUGACAAAGGACAGGACCCUGACUCCACACCUUUGGAAAACUUUAAUAUUAAGAAUGUCGUACGAAUGUUGGUUAAUGAAAAUGAAGUUAAGCAGUGGAAAGAACAAGCGGAAAAAAUGAGAAAAGAGCACAAUGAGCUACAACAGAAACUGGAAAAGAAAGAACGAGAAUGUGAUGCCAAGACUCAAGAGAAGGAAGAGAUGAUGCAGACCUUAAAUAAAAUGAAAGAGAAACUUGAAAAGGAGACUACUGAGCAUAAGCAAGUCAAGCAGCAGGUGGCGGACCUCACAGCACAGCUCCAUGAGCUCAGCAGGAGGGCCGUCUGUGCUUCAAUCCCAGGUGGACCCUCGCCUGGAGCACCAGGAGGGCCCUUUCCUUCCUCUGUGCCUGGAUCUCUCCUUCCUCCCCCACCACCCCCACCUCUACCAGGUGGGAUGCUUCCCCCUCCACCGCCUCCCCUCCCUCCAGGUGGCCCUCCUCCUCCCCCAGGGCCUCCUCCCUUAGGGGCAAUCAUGCCACCUCCUGGUGCUCCAAUGGGCCUAGCACUGAAGAAGAAAAGCAUUCCUCAGCCCACAAAUGCCCUGAAAUCCUUCAACUGGUCUAAACUGCCCGAGAACAAACUGGAAGGAACAGUAUGGACCGAAAUUGAUGAUACAAAAGUCUUCAAAAUUCUAGAUCUUGAAGACCUGGAAAGAACCUUCUCUGCCUAUCAAAGACAGCAGGAUUUCUUUGUGAACAGUAACUCCAAGCAGAAAGAAGCAGAUGCCAUUGAUGACACUCUGAGUUCCAAACUUAAAGUCAAAGAGCUUUCGGUGAUUGAUGGUCGGAGAGCUCAGAAUUGCAACAUCCUUCUAUCGAGGUUGAAAUUAUCCAAUGACGAAAUCAAACGGGCAAUUCUAACAAUGGACGAACAGGAAGAUCUGCCCAAGGACAUGUUGGAACAGCUCUUGAAAUUUGUUCCUGAAAAAAGUGACAUUGACCUAUUGGAGGAACAUAAACACGAACUGGAUCGGAUGGCCAAGGCUGAUAGGUUCCUUUUUGAGAUGAGCAGAAUUAAUCACUAUCAGCAAAGGUUGCAAUCGCUGUACUUCAAAAAGAAGUUUGCAGAGCGUGUGGCAGAAGUGAAACCUAAAGUGGAAGCAAUUCGUUCUGGCUCAGAAGAGGUGUUUAGGAGUGGUGCCCUCAAGCAGUUGCUGGAGGUGGUUUUGGCAUUUGGAAAUUAUAUGAAUAAAGGUCAAAGAGGGAAUGCAUAUGGAUUCAAGAUAUCUAGCCUAAACAAAAUUGCUGACACAAAAUCCAGCAUCGACAAAAACAUUACCCUUUUGCACUAUCUCAUCACUAUUGUGGAAAAUAAGUACCCCAGUGUUCUCAAUCUAAAUGAAGAAUUGCGAGAUAUUCCUCAAGCUGCGAAAGUAAACAUGACUGAGCUGGACAAAGAAAUAAGUACCUUGAGAAGUGGCUUGAAAGCAGUAGAGACAGAGCUGGAAUAUCAGAAGUCUCAGCCCCCACAGCCCGGAGAUAAGUUUGUGUCUGUUGUCAGCCAGUUCAUCACAGUAGCCAGCUUCAGCUUCUCUGAUGUUGAAGACCUUCUAGCAGAAGCUAAAGACCUGUUUACUAAAGCAGUGAAGCACUUUGGGGAAGAGGCUGGCAAAAUACAACCAGAUGAGUUCUUUGGCAUUUUUGAUCAAUUUCUUCAAGCUGUGUCAGAAGCCAAACAAGAAAACGAAAAUAUGAGAAAGAAAAAGGAGGAAGAAGAACGUCGAGCUCGCAUGGAAGCUCAGCUCAAAGAACAACGUGAAAGGGAACGUAAAAUGAGAAAAGCUAAAGAGAAUAGUGAAGAGAGCGGAGAGUUUGAUGACCUUGUUUCAGCUUUACGCUCAGGAGAAGUGUUUGACAAAGACCUUUCUAAAUUGAAACGGAAUCGCAAACGUAUUACCAACCAGAUGACUGACAGCAGCAGAGAGAGACCAAUCACAAAACUUAAUUUCUAAUUUUCCAUGAAUACUUUUUUUUAGAAAGCUCAUUAGCAGCCCUCUAAAGUGACUAGAACGUUUCAUUACACUGCCUUGCAAUCCAAACAGUGGCAAUUUUUUCCUUCAUCUGUGAGUGAAUGCGUGAAUGUGUGUAUGUAAAUGUAUGUGUGUAUAUAUUAAAAAAUGUAUAUAGAUGUCUGAGUGUUGUCUGGAGACCUAUAUGUAUGGUUAAGAAGAUUUAUGUUAACGUAUGUGCUCCAAAACCUUUCGUGUAUGCAUUCACAUUGAGUGUGGCUCAUUUUCUUUCCCCGAACGCCAUGACUGUUCAGAAGCACAAUACUAUCUCCUGAAAGAGAUGACAGAGACAUUCCCUAGAUUCAAAGGCAAAACAGAAGAAACAAACAAACAAACAAAAAAGCUUGCAAAAUAUUUUAUGGUUUCCAAGCUUGAUAUCCUUUAAAAUUAUUUUCAUUGAUGGAACUGGAGUUGGAAAAACAUAGAUUUAAAAUGGUUUUUGAUAGCUGACAUUGUGAUGUUGAUGUAUCACAUCAGUAAUAGGACCAGCUUCGAAUUUCUGACAUUGGUGUGGGGAUACAGUCUGUAAAUGUUUAUUGAGAACAUCUUGCACACAAUUUGAAUUAUGUAGAAUGUCAAUCAAUUUUUUGUAUAUUUAAAAGUUGGACAUCAAUUUUUUCCCCUGAUUUCAUCAAGUUAUCUCUGCCAAGUGCUCUUGAUAAUUUCUUCAGAUUUUUGGAAAAAAACACUAUAUAAAUGCAAUCCAUGCUUUUUUUAAAGAACAACAUUGCCAGAGUAUGCUUGUUCUAACAAUAUAGAUAUAUAAACCUUAAAAAUAAUAAAAUAUCUCACCCAAGACUUAAAGGAAGAAUUCUCUGAAGGGAUAAAGAUUACUAAAAAAAAAAAAAAAAAAAAAAAAAAUUAAUGGGGUGCCUUUUUGUUAUAGUUUCUAUUUUCUGUUUUGUAGGACAAGCUGCAUUUUCUGUAAAUAUAGGUCUGGACUAAAGGAUACAUAAAGAAUGCACAAAAUGUCAACAUCAGCAGAGAUGCCCAGAUCUAUUUAUCUCUAAGUAUAUUUGAAGUGAUUGCUGUUUAUAUGUUGUCAUUUUAAAAUUGUGUGUCAGUAAAGCUACCUGUAAAAUUUCAGUCCAAAAAAAUAAUAAAGCUCUCAGGGAGACAUGAAUAAAAACAAUGAACAUUAGAAAAUAAAAUAUAGAUGCUUACCAUUAACCUACCAACUCUUAAUAUCCUUAAAUUAUGUGAUAUAUAAAGAGGACUGUUACUUUUUUACUUUUUUUUUUUUUUGGCUUUGCUUUAUUUAUUUGUAGUUGGGGGCUAACGUUUUCUCUUUUCUUUCUAUCGAUCCUGUUGUGGUUGGGUUUCCUGUGGAGAGAGUAGUUUGUCCUGUUGCACUAGAACAUUAUUUACUCACUAAAUUGAGUUUUUCAGUCAAUUAACAAAUAUUUAUUAAGUUCCUACUAUGUACCAGGCAUAGUAGGGCUACAAUGGUAAGCAAGACAGAGUCCCUGCCCCCAAAGAGCUUAUAUUCUAAUGGGGAUAUUAAGGGAUGAAUAGAAUACCAAUGUGUGCACUGUACAGGAAUCAUACUAUUUAAAAAUAAUUUGUAUAAACUAUAAUGCUUAGCACAGAUGGCGAGGUAUCUGUGCUAUGUGAAAGCUGUGAAAUAGUGCUCUAAGAGUUGUCAAGAGCUGUGGUUUUACAUCUUUUCCUCAUUGCAAAUUUAGUGACUUUCUACACACUAUAUGGAAAUAAAUGACUAGCAAAUAAAACAGUCAUAAAUACAAAGCAGAGGUUGCACUCCCCCAAUCCCGAGUUAACCCAGGUCUGCAAUAACACCAUGUUAAAGGUGCAGAUAGAGACUUGGCUCAAAAAGGCUUGGAGAUGAGGAAGAUUGGAAUAUAAUGAUGGUUUUGUCUGUUCCUUAACUAAAGUGCCUCUAUGUAUAUUCUUUUCUAUUUGUAGCAGGAUAAAUUUGGUCUGGCUCAGUUUGGGAACUGUAUUUUGAAAAUGGCUUUGUCUUACAGUUUAAGGAAUAGACAGGUGGAGGGAAAGUCACAUAAAGGAGCAAGUUUGUGUAGCUGUCCCUCUUGCCCCUUUUAAUCAUCCUCCUUUGAUAUGGCCAUCCUGGUGGGCCUCCUUUGCCAUUUCCAUUUUUGGUUUCUUUCCCUGAAAACUGUGUGCAGGUAAUUCCAUGUGCCAUUGUUGAAAAGAAAAAAAAAAAAAACAAAACAAAAACCCUACUUUUUAGAUUGGUGCUGGUGUAAGUAGCCACUUUUCUCUCUUGGGUGUGUAUUUUAAACUUUUUUGUUUUUUUAAAUUAAUGCCAAAAAGAAAAUGCAUAAUUUGUAAACUUAAUUAUAUGUCUUGUAUCUUAUUAGCUUAGUAGUUGGAACCACUUAGUCUUUAGGUGCAAGACUGUUGUUAGAUAGUACUGAGGAAAAAAAAUGUAUGUGUUAUGAGACUGUACAUUUUUUUAAAAAUAGCAAUAUGCAAUAAAGAGAUGAAUUCAUUGGGUGUA